AUGCUUUGCUAUGGGUGUCAUUCUUUAAUUGAUGAGCCCUAUUAUUUAAUGAUUGUUGAUCACAGUUGGCAUGCAUCAUGCUUAAAAUGUAUCGAUUGUGGAAUGUUACUUGAACACGAAUCAUCAUGUUUCGCCAGAUUAGGACAAGUUUUUUGUAAAAAUCAUUAUAUGAAAAAAAAUUGUUCUUCUACUUGUACACGAUGUCAUAAAAUCAUUCAACAAGAUGAAUUAAUAAUGCGUGCUAAACGAUUUAUUUUUCAUUUGAACUGUUUUACAUGUAAUAUUUGUAAUAGUCGUCUUCAUCCAGGCGAUGAUUAUGGUCUUAUAGAUACUCAAAUUUAUUGUCUGGAUCAUUUUCUAGACCAAGACUCUCAUGAUUCGCAUGUAAUUCUUGAUGAUUCAGGUUAUCAUACAUCACCAAAUGAAACACAUCGAUCAAAAAGUUGUCAACAAGAAAAUGAAGAAAAUUUUCUAACAGUUUCGUCAGCAGUGCUUUCCUCAUCAUACUGCAUUGAAAUUGAUGAUGAUUCAUACAAUAAAACACAUUACACAAGACAAAAACGUCUUCGAACAAGCUUCAAGCAUCAUCAAAUACGUUGUAUGAAAUUAUAUUUCAAUAUAAAUCACAAUCCAGAUGCCAAAGAUUUAAAAGAUCUAUCGGAAAAAACUAACUUACCAAAACGUGUGUUACAAGUUUGGUUUCAAAAUGCUCGUGCAAAAUAUCGUCGAAGUAAUACAUCAUCAAACGAAGUUCGAACAAAUUUAUCAUCGCUAAGCAAUAGCGACGAUUUAUAA